AUGCGGCAGAUGGUCUUGGAACUCAAUGCUAGUGAUGACAGAGGCAUUGAUGUCGUGCGAGAACAAAUCAAGACGUUUGCCAGCACGAAGCAGAUUUUCUCGAUGUCAGCCGGCGGACAAUCCGACUCCAAACUAGGUGCUUUCAAACUGAUUAUUUUGGACGAGGCCGAUGCGAUGACGGCCACUGCGCAAAUGGCGCUUCGGCGGAUUAUGGAAAAGUAUACGGCCAACACUCGGUUCUGCAUUAUUGCGAAUUACACACACAAGCUCUCCCCGGCGCUGCUUUCGCGAUGUACGCGAUUCAGGUUUAGUCCGUUGAAGGAGCAAGAUAUCCGGGUAUUGGUGGACCACGUCAUCGACAAGGAGCAAGUGCGGAUACACCCCGAUGCGAUAGACAGCUUAGUGAAGCUGAGUAAAGGCGACAUGAGACGGGCCUUGAACGUGCUUCAAGCGUGCCAUGCAAGCAGUAUACCCCUGCCCCUCCGCAACGUCCCCAAAGAUCAACAACCAGCCCGCGAACCCGAAAUGAUCACCGACGAGACCAUCUACACGUGUAUUGCGGCCCCACGGCCGUCUGAUAUCAGAACGAUUAUGGAAACCCUUCUCUCCACGUCCGACGUCACGUCGUGCUUGAACACCAUUCAGACGUUGAAAACCAGCAAGGGAUUGGCGCUGGCGGAUAUAUUGACAGGAUUGAGCAAUGAACUACAGCAGAUAGAAGUGCCUGCACAAACCAGAAUAGCGUGGAUGGAGGGGCUGGCAGAUGUCGAGUGGAGGUUGGCGGGUGGCGGCGCAGAGGCGAUACAGACGGGUGGGCUGGUGGGAGUGGUGCGCGGAGGAUGCGAACUGAUAGAGGGACAAGACCUGCAGAUGGAGAGUUGA